AUGAAUAACGACAUAAAAUACAAAUGCAGUGUUGCUGAAGAGGUAACAAAGCGCAAAAUAUUUCCAGAAUCCAUAUCGAAGAAAACUUUUGACCAUUGUCCCUCCCUCGUGGAUCUUGUAGAUAGUAGUACUGACCAGGUUUCUGCAAUUAAAGCAGUAGUAAGUCCUAGAAAUUUCCCCAAAGCCAUGAUGGAUGUUUCUUCUGAGUCUAUGCAAAUGAAGCCUGCACUUGCAAUUCCUGGGUGUCCUAUCGCAGCUCCAUAUGUGUUGGUCUUUAUCUCGUCUGAGUUAGGGAAGGACCAGCCUAAUGAUAUUAUCGUUGUUGUUUUGUUUCCGUUUGAUGGGGUGUAUGUUGGAACUAUUCCACCCCAACUUUUUAACAUCUCUUCAAUCUAUCAUUUUGGUGUCAACGGUAAUAAUCUUCAUCAACCCAUAAUUCCACCUUACAUUGGAGUUACUCCCUCUAAUAUCCAAAUUCUUUGGUUAGAUGGAAACAUGUUUCAUGGAUUGCUACCGGUUUCCAUAUUCAAUCUCUCAACACUGUCUAGCCUAGAUAUCAGUGGCAAUGAGUUCGCUGGACCCAUACCGACUAAUUUGGGUACCUUGCAAGGCCUGACUUACCUAAAUGUUGCAGAUAAUCAUUUCGGAACAGGUGAAGUAGAUGAAUUCAUCUUUUUCAAUUCGUUAUCAAAUUGCAGUGACCUGGAAGUACUUUACCUGUCUGGGAACGAUUUAAGUGGGCAGCUGCCAGAUUCUAUAGCAAACCUGUCAAGAAAGCUUACCCGCAUACACAUGUCCAGAAACACUAUCUUCGGUGAAAUUCCCCCUGGAGUUGAGAACCUUGUGAGCCUCAAAGGAUUGCAAAUUGGGAGAAAUCAGUUAACCGGAAGUAUUCCUGUUCCUAUAGGAAAACUUCCUAACCUGAUACAACUUGAAAUUUGGGAUAACCAACUCUCAGGAAAAAUUCCAUCAAACAUAUGCAACAGUAAUACGUUAGAAAAUAUUGAUUUUGGAACAAAUAGAUUGCAAGGUGGAAUUCCGCCAAGUAUGGGCAACUGCAGUAAAUUGCUAAAGUUAGUCCUCUGGGAAAAUCAACUUACUGGUACUAUCCCGAAACAGCUCAUCGGCCUUUCUUCACUGUCAAUUAAGCUAGACUUAGCAUGGAACCGGUUAACUGGUAAUCUUCCUUCAGAGAUCGGCAACUUGGAAAAGAUUGUUAUCCUGGACUUGUCAAACAAUCAAAUAUCUGGGAAAAUUCCAAGCUCUUUACAGAAUUGUCUUUACUUGGAAAGACUUUAUCUAGACGGUAACUUACUGGAGGGGAUAGUUCCUCCAUCCUUGAAAAGUUUAAAGGGGAUGCAAAAGUUAGACCUGUCACGCAACAAGUUGUCCGGGGGUAUACCGCAGUAUUUGCAGUCCUUUGUUUCCUUGAAGUACCUGAAUCUCUCCUCAAAUGACUUUGAAGGUGAAGUACCAGAAGAAGGGAUCUUCAAGAACAUAAGUGCAUCCUCAAUUCUCGGAAAUGAAAAGCUCUGUGGAGGAAUUCCCAAAUUUCAUUUACCCGGUUGCCCAAGAAUUGGAUACAUAAUACAAAGUAAGCACUUCCCUCUCAAAAGACUGCUUCUAAUAGUAUUUGGAGUUGUUAUCCUUGUAAUUGUUUUGGGCUCCUUCGCCAUAUGGUUUUGGAGGAAAAAAACAAUAGUGCAGCGCUCGCAUUCGUCUUUAAAAUAUCCUUUGGGUAUCAUGUUUCAAAAGGUCUCAUACAAAGAGCUUCAUAAAGCAACAGAUGGAUUCUCCACGGAAAAUUUAGUCGGAGUUGGAAGUUACGGAUUUGUUUACAAAGGAAUAUUAAUACUAAACCAGAAGACAGCAGUGGUUGUUGCUGUGAAAGUAAUUGACCUUCAACGCCGAGGAGCUUCAGAAAGUUUCACUGCUGAAUGUGAAGCAUUGAAAUGCAUUCGCCAUCGAAACCUCGUGAAAAUAUUAGCAUCCUGUUCUAGUUUGGAUUCUAAUGGAAAUGAAUUUAAAGCUCUAGUUUUUGAGUACAUGCCAAAUGGGAGUCUUGAAAAUUGGCUGCACCCAGCAUCAAAUGGCGAACGACGUCAACGCGCAGGUAGCAGAUGGUUGAGUUUUAUGGAGAGAUUAAAUGUAGCCAUCGAUACUGCAUCUGCAUUAGACUAUCUUCAUCACCAUUGCAGAACACCAAUCGUUCAUUGUGACCUGAAGCCAAGUAACGUUUUACUAGAUGAUGACAUGAAUGCUAGUGUAGGUGAUUUUGGAUUAGCUAAGCUUCUAACUGGAGUCAUCAACAAUGUUGAAUCUGGAAAUCAGACUAGCAGUACUUCAGCUGGGAUAAAGGGAACAAUCGGAUAUGCUGCUCCAGAGUAUGGAAUGAGUAGGGAGGCAUCGACAAAAGGAGACGUCUACAGUUACGGGAUCAUGUUGCUAGAGAUGUUCACCGGAAGGAGACCUACCGAUGACAUGUUCAAGGACGGCUUUGGCCUACACAGCUUUGCCAAGACAGCUCUGCUUACUAAUCGAGUAAUGGGGAUUGUUGAUCCUGCAGUCCUUGUUCAGCUACAACUCAAAAAUGAUAUUGUUGACGAGAGAGAAGUUUUAAUCAAUGGUGAGAUGGAGACCAAGUUAUCUGAGGCAUUGACAGGAAUUCUCAAACUUGGUGUUAUGUGCUCAAUCGAAUCACCCAAAGAACGAAUGGAAAUAGUAAUGGUCAAGGAAGUUUUGCAAUCAAUCAAGCAUAUGUUUCAAUCAGUCUCAUACAAAGAGCUUCAUGCAGCAACAAAUGGGUUCUCUGCGGAACAAUUAGUCGGAACUGGAAGUUACGGUUCUGUUUACAGAGGUGUAUUAGCAGUAAAUCAGGAAACAGCAACAGUGGUUGCAGUGAAAGUACUAGAUCUUCAAAGACGAGAAGCUUCAAAAAACUUCACGGCUGAAUUCGAAACAAUAAAAUGCAUGCAGCAUCGCAGUCUCGUGAAGAUACUGACAUCUUGUUCUAGCGUUGAUUUUAAUGGAAAUGAAUUCAAAGCUCUAGUCUUUGAGUUCAUGCCAAAUGGAAGUCUUGAGAACUGGUUGCAUCCAAUUGCAUUUGACGACCGACUUCAAAGGUUGACAAGGAGAUCAUUGAGUUUCGAAGAGAGACUGAGUGUAGCCAUAGAUGUUGCAUCUGCAUUAGAUUAUCUCCAUCACCACAGGCAAACACCGAUAGUCCAUUGUAAUCUAAAGCCAAGCAACAUUUUGUUUGAUAAUGAUAUGAAUGGUCAUGUCGGCGAUUUUGGAUUAGCUAAGUUUCUAGAGUAUGGAAUGGGUAGAGAGAUUAUUGAUCCCAAACUACUUCUUCCUCUUCGUAUCCAAGACAACGAUGAUGACGAAGUGGAUUGCAACGAAAAAGUAUUAAGAAAUGGGGUGAUGGAAGACAAGCUACAUGAGGCUUUGACAGGGAUUUUAAAGCUCGGUAUUGCAUGUUCGUUUGUAGCACCGAAAGAACGGAUGAUAAUGACACAAGUAGUAAAAGAGUUGCAGGCAAUUGCGAACGCAUAUCAAAAGAAUAAAGAAGUUCUUGAGAAACGAUGA